AUGGAUCGGCAGAUUGAGCAUGCGGUGACGCACAAGAAGCCGGUCCCUGAGAUCGACUUCUCUCUACACACAAUGGAAGAUGGCUCCCAAGUGUCAACAUUAGAGCGAGUUUGUAAAGAGGUGCAGGCGCCGGCGCUCACCACUCCCUCCGACAAGGAUUUCUUCUCUCCAGACGACCCCAACAAACCUAACCUCCAGUUCCUGAAACAACAUUUCUAUCGCGAAGGCCGCCUCACAGAGGAACAGGCACUAUGGAUCAUCAAAAAGGGCACUGAAUUGCUUCGUGCGGAACCUAAUCUUUUAGAAAUGGAUGCUCCUAUUACGGUGUGCGGCGAUGUCCACGGUCAGUACUACGAUUUAAUGAAAUUGUUCGAGGUCGGCGGAGACCCGGCUGAGACGCGGUAUUUGUUUUUGGGUGACUAUGUCGACCGGGGUUAUUUCAGUAUCGAGUGUGUACUUUAUCUGUGGUCUCUUAAAAUUUGGUACCCCAACUCGCUGUGGCUGCUACGAGGCAACCAUGAAUGCCGCCACUUGACCGAUUAUUUCACCUUCAAACUCGAAUGCAAGCACAAGUACUCCGAGAAUGUCUACGAUGCAUGCAUGGAUUCAUUUUGCGCAUUGCCGUUGGCUGCGGUCAUGAACAAGCAGUUCCUCUGUAUCCACGGCGGUCUCAGCCCAGAGCUGCACACCCUGGAGGAUAUCAAGGCCAUCGAUCGAUUUAAGGAACCCCCCACUCACGGCUUGAUGUGCGAUAUCCUCUGGGCCGACCCUCUGGAGGAGUUUGGCCAAGAGAAGACUGGCGAAUACUUUAUCCACAAUAAUGUGCGGGGCUGUUCUUACUUCUUCUCGUAUCCAGCUGCAUGCGCCUUCCUCGAGAACAACCAUCUCUUGUCGAUUAUUCGCGCACACGAGGCCCAGGAUGCCGGCUACCGAAUGUACCGCAAGACUCGCACUACUGGCUUCCCCAGUGUGAUGACUAUUUUCAGCGCGCCCAACUACCUCGACGUAUAUAACAACAAGGCCGCCGUUCUCAAGUACGAGAACAAUGUCAUGAACAUUCGCCAGUUUAAUUGUACCCCUCACCCAUAUUGGCUGCCCAAUUUCAUGGAUGUUUUCACAUGGUCGCUUCCAUUUGUUGGAGAGAAGAUUACAGAUAUGCUGAUCGCCAUUUUGAACACCUGCUCAAAGGAAGAGCUCGAGGAUGACACUCCCUCUUCGGUCUCACCUACCGUGCCAUCAUCGCCUCCCUCGGCCACCGACAAGGACGACAUCGAGUUUAAGAGACGCGCCAUCAAAAACAAGAUCUUGGCCAUUGGUCGUCUUUCUCGAGUCUUCCAGGUGCUGCGUGAGGAAUCAGAACGAGUUACUGAGCUCAAGACUGCGUCUGGCGGCCGUCUCCCUGCGGGUACCCUUAUGCUCGGUGCCGAGGGUAUCAAGCAAGCCAUCCACAACUUUGAGGAUGCACGAAAGGUUGAUUUACAGAACGAAAGACUACCGCCAAGUCAAGAGGAAGUGGCACGCAAGAGUGAGGAGGACCGGAGGGUUGCAUUGGAAAGGGCUCAGCACGAGGCUGACAAUGAUGCUGGCUUGGCCACCGUUGCCCGCCGUAUUAGCAUGUCCGGUAACAGGCGUCGCAGGGAUCCGGUUGAGCGCGAGGCUUCCAGCUGA